GGCUCCGGGCAGCGGUUGUGGAGGUGCGCAGGACCCCAGCCCAGCAGCAAGCAGGGAGGGUGGGAGCGACCCGGGAUAUUUGGAAGGACAAAGGGCGAUGACCACCCCGGCGGGCUCGGGUACGGGCUUCGGCUCCGUGUCCUGGUGGGGCCUGUCCCCGGCGCUGGACCUGCAGGCUGAAAGUCCUCCUGUAGCUCCAGAUUCACAAAUAGACACAGAGCACACGACCCCCGAGCUAGACGUGCUGCUGCUGGGCUCCGUAGACGGGCGACACCUGCUGCGAACGCUGGCCCGCGCUGCGCUCUGGCCGCGCAGGAAGUUCAACUUCUAUGUGCUGGAGAACAACCUGGAAGCAGUGGCCCGACACAUGCUGCUCUUCAGCCUGGCCCUGGAGGAGCCUGAGAGGAUGGGGCUGCAAGAGAGGACCGAGACCUUCCUGGAGGUGUGGGGGAACGCGCUGCUCCGCGCCCCGGCGGCCGCCUUCGUGCGUGCCCAGGCCGACCGCCUGGCACACCUGGUCCCGGAGCCCGACCGCCUGGCGGAGCAGCUGCCCUGGCUCAGCCUGGGCGCCCUCAAGUUCCGCGAGCGGGACGCCCUGGAGGCGGUGUUCCGCUUCUGGGCCGGCGGCGAGAAGGGGCCCGAGGUCUUCCCUAUGAGUCGCCUCUGGGACUCGCGGCUGCGCCACUACCUGGGCUCCCGCUACGACGCCCGGAGAGGUGUCAGCGACUGGGACCUGCGCAUGAAGCUGCACGACCGCGGGGCUCAAGUCAUCCACACCCGCGAGUUCCGACGCUGGAGGGACACAGGCGUCGCCUUUGAACUCAGAGACUCCAGCGCCUACCAUGUGCCCAACCGGACGCUGGCAUCGGGUCGCCUUCUCAGCCACGUGCGUGUCCCCUCUGCGUCCCCCUCCCCGCUCCUUUCCGGGACCCAGCAAGGAGUCCCAGCACGGACCUCAGCGCCUCCUCUCUCCCCGCCUCCCCAGCGCGGGGAGCGCGUGGCAGCACGGGGCUACUGGGGAGACAUCGCCACGGGACCCUUCGUGGCCUUCGGCAUCGAAGCGGACGACAAGAGCCUCCUGCGGACCAGCAACACCCAGCCGGUCAAGACCGCGGGAGACAUCACGCAGCACAACGUGACAGAGCUGUUCCGCGAAGUGGCCGCCUGGGGGCGCCCGAGAGCCGCCCAGGGAGAACGGAGGGUCCAGCGCGGGGAUGACGCCCUGGGGCCCGCGACUUCAGGGGACACCCGGACUUCAGGAGAGGCCCAGACUUCAGGGCACGUGGACUCACCAGAGGGAGGAAGGAGAGAGAGAGAGGCAGCCCCUACCCGGGGAUCCUUCACUGUCCACUUCCUGUCCCUGGAUUCCGCUGGGACUCUGCACCACAAGAGCUGCUACCAGGGCCGCUUCCAGCUUCUCUACGUGGCCUGCGGGAUGGUCCAUCUCCUCGGCCCUGAGCUCGCGGCCUGCGUGGCCCCCGGAGGGACCCUGACGGUGGAGUUAGCCCAGUACUUGGUGGACCUGCGGCCGGAGCAGCUGCGGGCAUUCUCUGCCCGGGUGGGGGAGCUGGCGCGGGGCGCUGGCUUCGCCCCGCAGGCGGCGGCCAGGCCCUCAGAGACCUUCGCGCGUUUCUACAAGGCGGGGGACUCUGCCCAGGACCGGGACGCCUCCCGCCUGGCGGUGGAAUCCGGGGCCCUGCUCCUGGCAAGGACGAGCCCGCCCUUGGAGGACCCGGCCCAGCAGCGGCCAGGCGCUGCCUCGGUCUCAGAGACUCGGGAUUCAGGCUUCGAGGUUGUGGCUCCAUCCGAGCUGGUCUCUGGUCAGACCCCGGAAACCAGAGUCUGACCCGACCCUGGACGCCAUGGCCCGCAGCUCUGACCUCCACAGCCAGGUCCUGGAAUUAACCCAAGACUCCCCGUGGAGUUCUGCAGUUGGCUCUGCAGGCUGCACGGGAGGUGAGGCUGGAGGUUCGGAUCCUUUCUGCCUCCCAGUCCUGAAUGCCUCUGGGAGUCUGCCUUCUGCUCCUGGGACUCAAGGAACCAGGCCUGGAGGUCUGACCUGAGUCUCAGCCUCUGCCUCAGACCCUGGCCCCUCCUGACGGGUGGGAGGCCGCGAGCACCCGAGUAAAGAUUCCAGCCCUAU